AUGUGGCUAUCUAAAAAACCCCUUCGCUAUGAAACUGUUAUGAAUAAAGGAGCAUGCAUUCAAAUGGCAGCUAGUGCAUGGCUUACCAGCCUUCUCUAUGCUGUGUUGCACACGGCUGCCACUUUUGCUAUGACAUUCUGUUCCAAUAUUGUGGACCAGUUUUUCUGUGAGGUCCCACAACUAGUUAAGAUAUCUUGCUCUGAUUUGUAUGUAGUUGAAAGCAUACUUCUGAUAUUCAGUGUUGCAGCAGCAUUGGGUUGCUUUGUAUUUAUCAUCAUUACAUACAUACAGAUCUUCACUACAGUACUCAGAAUCCCUUCAUCACAGGGAAGGCAAAAGGUCUUUUCCACCUGUAUUCCUCAUCUCAUUGUUUUCUCCAUGUUUCUAUUUGGUGGAAUGCUUGUCUACCUGAGACCUAUUCCCCAUCCCUCUCCACACACCAACUUGGCCUUUGCCGUCAUAUAUUCUGUAAUCCCGCCCAUGAUGAACCCUGUAAUUUACAGCAUGAGAAACAAGGAGAUAAAGCUUGCAAUGUGCAAACUUUUACACUUGAAGUAG